ACCGCCGCCCCAAGUCGAGGAGCAAACGUUGACCAUGACAAGGGGCGAGAUGCAAAGAAUGAUUGCAGAGGCCGUGGCGGCCCAAAUCAAACAAGCGCAAGUCGAACAACCAAGGGUCGAGCGGCCCAGGAUCGAGCAAGCAAGGGUUGAGCAGCCUCAAAAUGAAAAACCACCCCCGGAGCGCGAACAGCAAGCGCAGUCGCAGGAGAGGCAGAACAGAAGAGUUGAUGAAGAGAAAUCCUCUGUUAGGACUGUCAAUCCACAGGCGAGAAAUGACACCCUGGAGCAGUUAUUAGCGCAGGUGCGAGAUUUGCAGGCUCGAGUCGAGGGGACAAAAACAAGAAGCUCGAGGGGACACCCUUUUUCACAACACAUUCUAGAUGCUGACUUGCCUCAGGGGUUUAGAGAACUUAACAUCUGGUACGAUGGGUCGACUGACCCCUCUCGAUAUCUGAGGAGUUUUAAAAACAUGGCAGUAUUGCACCGCUACAAUGAUCCCGUUCAAUGUCGAGCGUUCCUGACGACUCUGCGAAUACCUGCGCAAGACUGGUUUCAUCAAUUGCCCCCGGGAGCCGUCAGGGACUUUGACGGAUUUAGUUCAAGUUUCCUGAAUCAAUUCGCAAGUGUAAAGGCCCAAGAAAA